AACUCGCUCCCGGAACCUUUGUGUUGCAGCGCCUCGCUUCCAGCCGGUGCUCUUUCGCGAAGGACCAUUCCGGCCCAGUGCCUGUUGGUAGGAUCCUGCUUGACGUCGGGUCUGGGGUUGCUUGUGGUGGCAGUGGCUGAAGCCGGCGUCUGGGAAAAGCCUAAACAGAGGAGACGCCAUGGACGAUCAGGGCUGCCCCAGGUGUAAGACCACCAAAUACCGGAACCCUUCGUUGAAGCUGAUGGUGAACGUGUGCGGACACACUCUGUGUGAGAGCUGUGUGGACUUACUGUUCGUGAGAGGAGCUGGGAACUGUCCUGAGUGUGGUACUCCACUGAGAAAGAGCAACUUCAGGGUACAGCUCUUUGAAGAUCCCACCGUUGACAAGGAGGUUGAGAUUCGGAAAAAAGUGCUAAAGAUAUACAAUAAAAGAGAAGAAGAUUUUCCUAGUCUAAGAGAGUAUAAUGAUUUCCUGGAAGAAGUGGAGGAAAUUGUCUUCAAUUUGACCAACAAUGUGGAUUUGGAGAACACCAAAAAGAAAAUGGAAAUAUAUCAAAAGGAAAACAAAGAUGUCAUUCAGAAAAAUAAGUUAAAACUGACUCGGGAACAGGAGGAAUUGGAGGAAGCAUUGGAAGUAGAACGACAGGAAAGUGAACAACGAAGACUGUUCCUACAAAAGGAAGAGGAGCUGCAACAGAUUCUGAAGAGGAAGAACAAGCAGGCCUUCUUGGAUGAGCUGGAGAGCUCUGACCUCCCUGUCGCUCUGCUCUUGGCUCAGCAUAAAGACAGAUCUACCCAGCUGGAAAUGCAGCUAGAGAAGCCCAGAUCCACGAAGCCAGUGACGUUUUCCACCGGCAUUAAAAUGGGUCAACAGAUUUCAUUAGCACCAAUCCAAAAGCUUGAAGAAGCUCUCUAUGAAUACCAGCCCCUGCAGAUAGAGACCUGUGGACCACAAGUUCCUGAGCUAGAGAUGUUAGGAAGACUUGG